UAACAAUCAUAACAUUGUCCGUUUCAGUCGUCGCCUUCGACUGUCUGAUUGCUGAUCCCUCGAUCUUCGUCGCCCCUCAACCAAUAACAACAGGCUCCAGAAGAUUUCAGUUAACAAGAAGGGAAACCCCAAAUGCUAAACUGCAUGUGUUGCAAAGAAAAUCCUGUACGGCAAAAUUUUCACCUGGUCCGACUCGAUUAAACUUCCGCAUAAUCACCAAGCUGCACAAAACGAAGCUGCCAUUAGGUCUCGUAGAGGAUGCAAGCUGCCCGUGUGGUCAAGAAGAUAAGGUUUUAGUCAAGCUGCACAUAUCAAAGGACAAGCAUUAUAAUCAAGGGGAAACGUUAAAGUAUACUGCAUGCAUUUAAAUCAGAAGUGCACUGCCCAAACUAAUAUACUGUAUUGUAGAGAGGAAGUCUAGUAAGGCAUAUCGAAAAACUCUAGCUGACAGUGAAGCUCAGUUCAGUCACUCAUCCGUGUGAUACCCAUCUACAGACUGUAAUAAGGGAAAACAAACCAAGAAUCGAGCAAUAAACGGGGAAAUAAAAAUUCUGUAUAUAUCAAACAGUAUCGGUUAAUAAUUAAGAAACAAUGACUUCAAGACACACAAGUGAUUUGCUCUUUACAUUUCUCCUUGCUGAAGAAUUAGAUGCUGUUGACAGUGCCUAUGAUGCACUAAAGUAUCACAAGCUAAGUAAAAAUAAUCUCUGCGCAAGGCCUAUCAAGAGACAAAAGUUAUCACAUGCAGACCCUGUUCAGCAUUUUGGUGAAGGUCAGAUUGUCAUCAAAACAGAGGAAUCAGAGAGCAGGAGACGCAGAAAGGGCAGUCGCAGUGCUGAAAAUUAUUUGCAGAAAGGGGGCAUGAUGGCCUUCUACAACUACAACUUGAGUGACUUUCGCGUUCAUUUUGGGAUGACACGACCACAAGUUGAGGAGCUGUUCACAGAACUUCAGCCUCACUAUCGAUACGAGAGAGGAACAAAGUUGCCCCUUGAGAAUGUUGUGCUAGCAAGUUUAUGGGUAUUAUCCAGCCAAGAGUCAUACAGAAUUAUAGCAGAGAGAUUCCAGACCAGCAAAUCUGUCAUUUGUACUUCUCUGCAUCAUUUCUGUAACCUUGUGUCAGGAAACCUGGAGAACAGAAUAAGUUGGCCAUGUGAAUCUGCUUUGGCAAAUACUGUCAAGGGCUUUGAGGAAGCUGGUUUUCCAGGCACCAUUGGAGCAAUAGAUGCUUGUCAUAUUGCAAUAAACAAACCCAAGGAUGUUGAGGAGCCUGAGGCAUACAUGAAUGACAAAAAUGUCUUUUGUACUACAUUAUUAGCUGUGUGUGACAAUGAACAUAAAUUUACAUAUGUUAAUGUUGGACAUCCUGGAACUUUGUGUGAUGCUAACGUUUUUAGGAGAUGUGAAUUAUUUCAAGCAUUCAAUGAUGAUCCUCAUUCUUUAUUGCCUUUAGAAUUUCAAUUAGGAAAUGAUAUUUUUCCCUACCAUAUAAUUUCUGAUGUUGGAUUUCCCCUUUCAGUGUAUGUUAUGACUCCUUAUGAAGAUAAUGGUUACUUGACAGCUAGAGAAAUUAAUUACAAUAAAAGACAUUUAUCAGCUAUGAUGAUAAUUUCUAGAUCAAUUUGCUUGCUAAAGAGUAGAUUUAGCCGCCUAAAACUCUUACUAAUGCAACAUCUUGCACAGUGUAGUGUUGCUAUUAAAGCUUGUUGUAUUCUACAUAAUAUAUGCAUGGAAAAUGGUGAUUUCGAAGCACUAGACAUUGAUGAAGAUGAUAUACCUCCUCCACCUACUGAAACAUGCACCGACUUUCAGCCUUGCAUUGUUGGGGAAGGAAAACGUAAUGCAAUUGCAGACUCAUUUUUGUAAUUUUAAGUUUUGUAAAUUAUUUAUUUAGAAAUAAACUUUCAUGCCAGGAAUGGCAUAUUCGCUUCAGUUGCUAGGUAAAAUUUUAAGAUAAGGUCUAUGGUGUACAUAGAGCUUGUCUCUGUUUUCAUAGUACAAUUGCUCAAAAUGUUUCCCUCCUCUUGGUUCUUUUGGCCUUGUCAUAUUCCAAACUGUUAUGAAUGACAAUGAAAAUUUUCAUAUUGCUCUUUAUAUUUUAUAGCAACAAAGCAUAUUUGUAUCAUAGUAAAUUCUUAUAAUGCAUAACAAGGGAAAUAUAAAUUAUGCUACUUACAUUACUGUAUUCCAAAAUUUUUUACAAUAUAAAUUUAAUGGAACUUUUUUAAACUAUUAUACCCUGUUGUAAAAUGAGGGUUACUACGGGACCCAACCAAUAAUUACAUAACAUUUGGAUUUCUGAGACAUUGUCGUUUGGCUAUUGUAACAUUUCUGGAUUUGUCUUACACAAUGCAUAAAUUUACACUACAAUGAUUUGUUGUAAGCAUAAAUAAUAAUGAAGGUGAAGGAAAGACCCACUA